AUGUCCAAGUUUUUACAAGUUUUGAGGUUAUUUUUCAUUUUGCUGGUGUGCAGUGCUUUUGUGAAUUCCGCUCCAAGUUCAGUACUUGCCGAAGCUGAGGACUUGGACACAGGGGCUGUUGCUGUUGCCGAAAAGGAUUCGGAAUCUGAUUUAGAGGGUUCCUCUUCGUAUGGUUAUGGCUACUAUUCGUCACCCUAUUUUGGUGGCCAUUAUGGUGGCUAUGGAGGUUAUUAUCCUUAUUAUGGCGGUUAUGGUGGUUUAGGUGGUGGUUACUAUGGUUUGGGUUAUCCCUACUAUGGUGGUUACUAUGGCUAUCACGGUCUGCAUGGACACUACUACUAG